ACGUACAGAUGGAAAGGUCAGGUAUUGCGAGACCUGCAGUAUGCAGCCCCGUCGAAACUAGCUACUUUCUCAAUCUAGGCCGCCGUGGCCGCCCGCAUGCGUCUGAUAUCACGUGUGUGGUGUCAUACGUGAUUCGCUAUACUGUACACCACUACGUCUAGGGCCGCCACGUCUUGACACCUCCAACUUCAAGGCCCUCACAAUACUAGCCGCUCGAUGGCCCAGCAUUUACGUGGAAUGUGUACAUGUCUUCUUACAUGGCGGAUGCUGCUGCUGUCCAGACCGCAGGUGCAAGAAUUUCUAUGAUCUCGUACGUUAGCGCAGCUGGUCGAUGAUGACGUUGCCUCCUUGGCAACUCCAACUUCACCCUCAUGCUGGCAGCUUCAUUCAACACAAUUCGAUCCCGGCGGUGUCAUCGAGGCAGCAAAGAAAUUCAAGUUUUUAAAGAAUGAAACGUCUCAAUGGCCUCUUUCAGCGAGGGACGAAAAUAGGCCCCACCCAUCGUUCUCCACCUCAGUCACAUUCUCCAUCACCUUCCACCCCAGCAACUCAUCAAUCCCCGGUCUCGCCACCGUCUGCAGCUCGAUCACGCAUAACAACGAUCCCCGGCGGACCGGAGUUGAACAUAGCCCUGCAGAACCAGACUCAAUGCGACGUGGUCUAUGCCUACAUCACGGGCCGAGCCCUCGACAGCAACAAUGCACUAUAUCUGCUCCUCGCGGAUGGUCACACACCAUUCUUACCCCAAUCACCAGCCUCAAUUGGCACGCAGAUAUCGGAGAACAUAGCCAUCGCCUUGGGGCCUCCGGGUGAAACUGUGAUGGUGACGAUCCCUCGCCUCGCAGGUGGCCGCAUCUACUUCUCAAUCGGCAGCCCACUGUCAUUUUACCUCAACCCUGGCCCAGCGCUCGUUGAACCGUCCGUGACAAAUCCGUCGGAUGCGAACUUCAACACCGACUGGGGUUUUGCCGAGUUCACCUUCAACCGUGACCAACUAUAUGCCAAUAUCAGCUACGUUGACUUUGUGGGACCGCCGAUUGCCUUGCAGCUCGAGACCUGGGGUGGACAGACACACCGAGUCUUGGGCAUGCCGGCAUCGGGUCUUGAAAGGGUCUGCGAUGAGCUUCGCGCCCAGAAUGCUCUCGAUGGCAAGGGUUGGGAUCAAUUGAUUGUUCAGAUGGGUGAUGGGAAAUGUCGUGUACUGUCACCAAACCAAGGCAUGGUGCUCAAUCCGGCCCUCCUCGCGGGCUAUUUUGACCAUUAUGUGGAUCAAGCAUGGUCCAAGUUCUCGUCAAAGUCGAUGUUGAUUGACACCCAAGCGGGGUUUGGUAUCGUAGGUGGGCAGAUCUCUUCCUCAUCGAACACAAUUUGUUUCGGUCGGUCAACGUUCCAGAGACCGAGCACCAGGGACAUCUUCUCCUGCUCUACUGGACCCUUCCAGACCGGUGCAGAUGCGGAGAAGAAUUGCAUUAUCCCCAGACUCGCAGCGGCGUUCAACCGUUCGACACUUUUGGCCACGGAUUCGUUCCCAGCCGACCGAGGGCUGUACUAUGGACAUUCGAUUACAAACCAUUAUUCACGGAUAGUGCAUGAGGCCAAUGUUGACGGAAAGGGGUAUGCAUUUCCCUAUGAUGAUGUCCAGCCAAGUGGCGGCCCCGAUCAAAGUGGUGAGGUGCAUGCAGGCGACCCUAGAUUGUUCACUGUGAUUGUUGGGGGAAGGCAACUAGAUUGAUGAGGCGAUGACUUCUUGCUGCACGUUGAAUUUCACGCACCAACGGCAAACGUAAUCAGGAAGAAGGCGCAAUUAGAAAGAUGACACUUGCAUUUUGACCUAGAGAAUGUAGCUAAUUCGGCGACUUGGAAAGAUCAGAUGCUCGAUAGUG